AUGGAGGAGGAUACAUCUAAAUACCUUGGCCAAGAUACCCUUAUCUCUUAUUUAAGAGAGAAAAAUUAUAGAUCAUCAUAUCAUGAAUUCAUGGAUCUACACCUUGAUGUCAUCAUUGCUUCUUCUUCAUCAUUUUCAAACUGGAAAGGUUUGGAUGAAUUCUGGUCAUUUGAAUUUUUAAAAAAAGCUGAGAAACUGAGGAUGGAUUUAAAAGAAAAGACAAAAUUGGAGCAUUCAGAAAUAUGGUUAGUGUUAUACUGGAAAAAAUUUAUUAAAGAACAUGAGGAGUUAAUUAGUUCACAAAAUAUAGAUUAUAAAGAGAUAACUAAAAAGAAGCAGAUGACUAAAAAUAAUCUAGAAGAUAAAAGAUUAGAUAGUGUUGUAAGAGAAUUGACAAUAAAAAAAGUGAAUAGAGCCAGUGGCACAACGGAAGCUUAUAAUGAAAAUUUGAUUAACCUCUAUAGUGGUGGUGGUAUGGAUGAGGUCAUGAAACGUCUUGAAGAAAAAUUUUCUCCUUGCUGUAAAACAAGGAGAAACAAACAAUUAAUUAAGAAAGCCGCGAUGGAUUUACUCCAAAAAAAUUUCAUGAGUUAUGUGAUGAUUAUUAAAGAUACAAUUAGUAAUGUAAUAAAUGUAAAUUGUGCAAUUUAUUAUAGCGCUACUAGUGGUCCAUCUUUUGGCGGUGAUAUUAUUAUUUAUAAUUCUACGAGUCUAACAGAUUAUAAUAUAAUUCGCUGUAAAAAGAAAUAUUAUGAAAAAAAUAUGAGAUUCCGAAGAUUAUUUUUUUAUAGAGGAUUAUGA